CACAAUAGCACAAGAGGAACCGAGGAAGAACAAACUAACAAACAUGGCGUCCAACGCGGCUACCCGGACCGCAGCGGGUGCUGCUAGAGUCGUUAAACCGCUCUUCAGCCGGGACUUGGAUGAAGCCAAGCGGAGGGUUAGAGAGCUGUACCGGGCCUGGUACCGAGAGGUCCCGAACACAGUGGCCCUGUUCCAGCUGGACAUCAGCACCAGGCAGGCCAAGGAUAAAGUCCGUGAGAUGUUCGUCAAGAACAAGCACGUCACAGACCCCCGCGUCAUCGACAUGCUCGUCAUCAAGGGGAAGAUGGAGCUAGAGGAGACCAUCAAGGUGUGGAAGCAGAAGACCCACAUCAUGCGCUACUUCCAUGAGACGGAGAACCAACGACCUGCCGACUUCCUGUCCAGGUUCUACCAGGGUCACCACCCCUGACUAAAUCUUAUAGCUGUUCCCUCUGCUGCCGUACUGUAAAUACAUACCUUAAAUACAA